GAAAUGGGGGGCAGUGAUGGAGCAUUCUAGUACAUAUAUCACACUACGCACAUCGAUCGACACACUGCACAAUAUUUUGCUGUUACUCCAAGCUUUCUUUACCAAAGGAGACUGUUGGUUGCUGACUCAGAUUCAGACCAAGAAAAAGGAAAGGAGACCUGGUUUCAUUUUGCUCUGCAGUGCAACUCUGCUCAUUUGGCCUCUCCAUUCACUAAGACCUCAGAGCUUGUUCCCAUCUACACAGUUAAACUCUGAUUUGGUGUCAAUUUAGCUCAAACGACUACUAGAUCUUAUCUGGGCCUUUCUCAAAAUCAAGAUCUUGUUCCCAAGCAUAUGAAGCUGAAGCCGACCACCCAAUUGUUAUACUGUCUUUGAGUUUUCGAGAGAUUAAGCUUGAAGCAAGGAAAGAAGAAAUUGUGGGUGCUGUUCAGAAUCUGCAAAAUACUAUGAGUAGCCUUUUGUACAGUCCAAACUUUAAGUCUUCCGAAGCAGAGUUGAGGAAGAACCACGGAGAAUUCUUGGAUUCAUCAAAUGGUUUCCAACAACUACAGUCACAGCAACAGAGCUCUGGCCUAAUGCGGUAUCGGUCUGCUCCGAGCUCACUUUUGCUGGACCUUGUUGACAACAAUGGCGGUGCUGGAUGUGAGGAUUUUCGAGAUCUUCGAUAUCCUCGACCUUCCAGCCCCGAAGUGGAAACCGUCUUGGCAAGGUUCAUUUCCUCAUGUAAUGCACCUGAUACUGACAAUGGUUCCAAUAAUAGUACGCACCAUCUGUUCCAAGAAAGGCCUGUGAAGCAAGAAGCAGGGGACUCUGUUUCGAAACAGAGCGGUUACUCAAAUUCUCCUCAGAUGAUGUACCACACUCAACAAGUUCAUCCUUUGGAUAAUGCCUCCUCCUUUGGUGCUUUCAAAUCUACCGUCUUGGAGAACACAAUGGAAUCGAAAAUGGGUGUUGGAAAUCACUCUAAUCUUGUUAGGCAAAGUAGCUCUCCAGCUGGAUUCUUCCCCAACUUAAACGUUGACAAUGGCUUCAAUCUGAUGAAAGAUGCUUCAAGUUUUGGAGUAGGCAAUGGUACAAAUGGAGAAGCUAGUCCAUCAGCUUCUAGGUUGAAUACCCAAUUUAGUUUCUCCUCUGCUGCAUCACCUCCCUACUCAAGAGAGUCCAGACGUUUGCCUCGAAUUGCUGAAAUUGGGAAUGGAAACAUAGGAGAGGUUAGUGAACCGGAUCAAAGCUUAGGAAAUGCUACUAAUGGUAGCAGUUCACAUUACAUACCUGACUAUUCAAAUGAUACGUGGGACAAUUCUGCAUUUCAUGACCUCAAAAGAGGCAGAGAUAAUGAUGGGAACAAGUUUUCUACUACGACUGCAUUGGACACCCAGAAUGUGGAUUUUGGACACCGCAGUUACGCUCUUACUCAUCAUUUGAGCUUGCCUAAACAUUUUGAGAUGCCUGCUAUGGAUAAGCUUCUACAUUUUCAAGAUUCCAUUCCAUGUAAAAUUCGUGCCAAAAGAGGCUUCGCGACUCACCCACGAAGCAUUGCAGAGAGGAUGAGAAGAACGCGGAUCAGUGAAAGAAUGAGGAAACUGCAAGAUCUUUUCCCAAACAUGGACAAGCAAAUAAACACAGCCGAAAUGUUGGAGUUGGCAGUUGAGCACAUUAAAGACCUGCAGAAACAGGUUAAGACACUCAGGGAUACAAAGGCGAAGUGCAGUUGUUCAAGUAAACAGAAACACAAUUAAUUCAAAUCCUUCUCCCUGACUUGUUCAUGUAAAGCUAGCAGUAGGAAAAUGGGAAAGGCUUCAAGUUCUUUUUGUUUUGUAAAUUCCUUUGCUAUUUCAGUGACGACAUAAUAGGAGAACGGUAGCAUAUAUGUUAGUGUGGGUGUGGAAAUUUCAAUCUAUUUCGAGUUAGCUUGAUC